GUGGCCACUCAGGCACAACCAACCACAACUGAAAAUGAUUGGAUCAAAUACCACCAAAUUGCUACAAACAUUAUAUAUAAAAAAAUUGUUCUUGUGUUAUCCUAUAACAUCAUCAUAAUGUCCUGGACGAAAAAUGACAAGGAAAAUAAAAGUAGAUUCCCUGUUUCAAAUUAUUCUGUAUACCACAAAAAUCAACAAAUUAAUCUCGAUCACUGGGGAUGGCAGAAGAUUUGGGAAUGGCCAGUCCGCAUGUACUGAUCGUACCUUUUCCGGCGCAAGGGCACGUAAUUCCCUUGAUGGAACUUGCACAGCGCAUAGCUAAGCAUGGAAUCAGAGUCACAUUCGUGAAUACCGAGAUCACACAUAAACGAAUCCUAAGUUCAUUGGCAGAUCCUGAAGAUCUCGUCGCGUUAGAUGAUCGUAUUUGCUUGGUUGCAAUCCCGGAUGGCCUGGAAUCGGAUGAGGAAAGGAAAAUCCCUGGAAAGUUAUCGGAGGCCAUUUACAGAGUCAUGCCUGGAAAGCUUGAAGAAUUAAUAAAAACCAUGAAUGCAUCAUCAACAGAGGAAGACAGGGUCACCUGUUUGAUUGCAGAUCAGAGUCUCGGGUGGGCUCAAGAAUUAGCCAGCAAUCUCGGAAUCCGACGAGUGGCGUUUCUGCCAGCAGCAGCUGCAACGUUGGUCUUAGGAUUCAACAUUCCACGCCUUAUUGAAGAUGGAAUAAUAGACCAAGAUGGGACCCAGUUGAAGGAACAGGUUGUACAACUUGCUCCCGGCAUGCCUUUGAUGAAUUCAACAGAAUUCGUUUGGGCUUGUCUAGGAAACUCUAUGAUGCAGAAAGUCAUAUUCCAGGCCAUGGUACAAAACAAUCAGGUUGUGAAGUUAGCAGACUGGCUGAUUUGCAACUCAACUUAUGAUCUCGAACCUGGAGCAUUCUCCUUAGCUCCAGAAAUUGUACCCAUUGGUCCACUCCUGGCGAGCAACCGUCUUGGAAAUUCAGCAGGACAGUUCUGCCAGGAGGUCUCAUCUUGCCUGAAUUGGCUCGAUAAACAACCGCGUAGAGCAGUGAUUUAUGUCGCCUUCGGCAGCUCUUCUGUGCUCAGCAAUGAGCAACUUGAAGAAUUAGCUUUGGGGUUGGAGCUUUCCAACAGGCCAUUCCUGUGGGUUGUCCCGCCCGGCGGGACUAAUUCGCAUUCGGGUGCUAUUGAAGGUAUCUUAAGCCGCCGGAUGGCGAGUCAGGGUGAAAUUGUAAGAUGGGCACCACAGCAAAAGGUCCUGAGUCAUCCAGCAGUGGCUUGUUUUUUGAGUCAUUGUGGUUGGAAUUCGACCGUGGAAAGUGUAGGCAACGGAGUUCCAGUUCUAUGCUGGCCGUAUUUUGCUGAUCAGUUUACUAACCAGAGCUACAUUUGUGAUAUCUGGAAGGUCGGAUUGAAAUUCAUUCGAGAUGCAACUGGGACGAUCAGGGGUGAAGAGAUAAAGGAAAAGAUUGAUGAGCUCCUGGAAAAUGUUGCCUACAAGGAAAGAGCGUUGCAGCUUCAAGAGAUUAUGAUGAAGAAUUCUAGUGAAGGAGGAAGCUCCCACAAAAACUUCACAGAUUUCAUUUCAUGGUUGAAAGCAUAGAUGCAAUAAUCUGCUAUAUCUAAAAUUCAUGAUGAGGGAUUCUUGAAAACGGUUAUCAUUCUCAUUUGAUAUCAAAAAUUGUAUUCUGUAAGUUUGAUAAGUCGAUUUACUUGCUUGCAUAAAUGAUAGUAAAAAAGUUUCUUGAUAUGCUAUAGUUUCACUCUUCUGUUGGCGUUGUAGAGUUUUUCAUGUAAGUGCUUUAUAGUCAGUCCUUUAUCAUAUAGUGCUUCAUCUUCCCUUUGUUUUUCCUUUUCUGAAGGCAU